AUGCUGCAGGGUUGGUUUGCGGUCCUUCAUCCUGACCGGACCGUUCCCUGCGUAGAAGUAGAGGAGACUUUGUCGACCUUUGCCCCACCGGGCUGGUGCCUACAUAUCGAAUGUCUUCCGAGGGAGGGCCAGAACUUCGUGCUUCAACAGGGUCAGGCCGGCUACGCUUCUUUCGUUCCCAUGCCAGAGGUACAUACUGAGGCCGAGAUUGUCUCCCCUGCUAGGGAACAGGCAGAGAGUGACAUCGGGACGGAUGAUGCCGUGGUCGUCCUUCCCGAGGGAGCAGCCGAUGUUGCUGACCCCGACCCAGCUACACCCCCUAGUCGAACUAGGAGUCGUUCACCACGCCGUCCCGACCCUCCGCCUCAUGCGAGGACCCCUGUGACCAUACCGACCGCACCCGAGGUCAGCAAUCUGCCCACGGAAGAUCCCGGACCAAAUCAGGUGCAGGUGUCUGCCAUGUUGCUCACUAUGGAAUAUAUGCCCGAGGUGUUGCAAGUACGCUUGACUCCCGGCUGUUCCGUCCCAGAUGCCCUGGCUACCAUCUCUGCUGCAAGAGGCAGGAUUUCCUCCCUGCGGUUUCCACGACUUCUCGAAGCUCGACCCCAGCCCACGAUGGACUACAUUGUCUGUGUUGCAACCCCUCUCUGGGCCCGGGAUGUUUUCGUUGUCGUUGACACACUGCGCCUUAAUGGUACACUCUGCUGUACUACAGUGCGCCCGGUUGCCGACCGAGCAGCGUUGCUGUCCAUCGCAGGCUUGCCCUCCAGUCUGGAUGUCGAGGUCUACGUCCCGGACCGGCCUACCCCGCUUUCAGGCAAUCAGGUCGCGGUUCUGUCUACAGGCGAUUGUAUCAGCAUCGUGCCAGCUGCGACCCCGGUAUUUACCGUUGCGUGUCUCGCAGAUCGGAUCCAAGACAGGCAGGGAUGGUGCCUACUGACUGCUCCGCCGACACUAGAAGGUUACUGGGUUCUCUUGCUCACUGACGAAGGACAACAACGUCUGUGCCUUCCGCCACAGAGGCGGCGUUUUAUGCGUGGGGACAUUGUGCGACUGCUCGAGCUACAAGACACUGAGCACUUCAUGCAGCCUGUCCGGCUCCCCCCUGAUGAUGCCUAUGACUUCGGCAUAGCGGCACAAGAAGUUGUGAUUGUUGACACGUCCCCCCGACCCGAGCCACCUGAGGAACCUGCUGGUACACAACACCGGAGCCUUGUCAGGUACUGUCUUGACCUUCGCCCCGUUACCUGCGGGCUCACGUGGCAUAGAGCUUGGGGGGGUCUUGUAUCCAGUCGCGCCAUUUCGCAGCGUGCUUCGGAAUACUGUCCGAGUGGGCACUACACUGUCGUAAUCGGCGGAACGCCUCUAGCGUGCCGUGACGGUUUGGAUCUCCGUGUUGAUCCCGGUGAGGUCAUUGCUGUUGAGUUUGUUCGCGGUCCGGAGCCCGAGAGCAGUGGCUCCAUGCAUCCGGCUGACAGCUCUUCUUCCGACUCUUCCUCGGAUACGGAGACAGAAGACGACGACCCAGACAGCCCAAGAUCGAACAGGGAUCCGCUGACGCGGCCGGUGGCACUGGGCUUCCGCAAGAUGUGCAGAUAUGCGACUUGA